UUCUCGUUUUUAAUCCUUUCAUGAUUCCGGGUUACUGCUUGCAAUUGUACCCAUGCUGCAUGCCCAAAUCUAUGCGUCUCUGCCCUUGAAGGCCCUAUGAAUUCCAGUUCGCCCAAUGGCGGAAACAUGGGGCCUAUUAACGUCGAUACCGUCAUAGUUGGGAACGGCCCUUCGGCGUUGAUCUUGUCUUAUAUCCUCCACGGUCACGUCCCUUUCUACGCCGGUAAUCAUGACGAUCGUAUAUUAGAUUCCAAACUCGCAGCAUGUCCGAAUCUUCUCAAUGCGAAACCUGAAUAUGCCGCACAUUUCCCCUCAUCAAUGCGUUAUAGCACGCAGGCGUUGCCCAUCAAUGUGCUGCUCGAUACCUUGAUCCGACCGGAUGCGGAUACUUCACUAGGAACCCGCACUUGCGUGCGAUGGGCUUAUCGGCCAGAGCUUGCAGUUUCGCACCUGGUAGUCGGCGAUGCUUCCUGCCCAGGAGGUCAGUGGGAAGAGGACCCUGGCACGCUGGACAUGAAUAUUGGUACUCUGAGUUAUGCAGAGAUGCUCUCGCUACCAGACUACAGCAUUGAGGAUCAUCAUCUGCAGGUAUAUGGAGAGAAGAUGCCGGAGCUCAUACGCCCCACGCGGCGCGAGGUAGCGGAAUACUUUGCUGCUUAUCCUGCCGCCGUCGCAAUCGACGACGCUGUGUUGAGUUCCAUUCAUGUUUCAGACAUUCGUAGGACCUCAGAAAGUUUCUACAUUGGCUCUCACGGAAUAUCGUGCAAAAAUUUGGUCUUGGCGACUGGUAUAUUCACAAACAAAAUCCUUCCGCCUCCGAGAUUACAACCACUUACAAUGUUGAAUAAAACACCGGUUGCAAGUGAUGCACCAAACCCGUCGCCUGAGGAGGCACUGCUCGUCAUCGGAUCCGGAUUCGGCGCGGCAGAUGUGAUCCUUUCAGCACCUCCUACACAGAAAAUCAUCCACAUGUUCAAAUGGAACCCUGAAGCCCGUCCAUCACCACUCAAGGCAUGCCAUCAUCAGGCUUACCCAGAGUAUGCCGGUAUUUAUCGACAUAUGAAGCUUGCCUCAAUCUCAUCGAGGACCAGCAUCAACGCGCAAACCCGUCGCAACUCAACUAUGUCCAACAGGCGAAAAUCCAUCGCAAUGCUGGGAGGCCGCGACUGGAAAACAACCUACGAGGGGAUUCCUAAUGGAGAAAUCAUCAACGUGGAUGUAGACGGCGAAGACAACAGAGCAGCGAUAGUGACGAUCAAAUUGCCAAGCGAAGCUGUCAUUGAGCGGCGUGUUUUGGGGCUGCAAUAUGCCGUUGGGCGACGCGGAACCCUAGACUAUCUUUCUAAACCACUUUUCGAUGAACUUUUUGCGAAAGCCAUUAGCCAUCAUGGGAACGAGAAGCAGCUAUUUUCGCAUGAUUCAGCUGCCAACUAUCAAGCCCCGAUCUCUGGGGACACCUUCAGAGCGGGCGCCGAGAAAAGCCUCGAAAUCGCACCGAACACCUUUAUUAUUGGAAGCCUUACCGGAGACUCCCUCAUCAGAUACUCAUACGGCGGAUGCGUCUCGGUAGCAGGCAAGCUAAUGAAGUCUGCGACCCAAAUACUUGAGACGCCAGAAGACUCGGUCCCAUCUUCAGUUUCACAAUCGGAGCCCCAGUCAUUGUCAUCCUCAGUAUCAGAUAUCCGUCGCCAUCCUCACCCGGAAACUCCGAGGCUCGAACCAGUAAAAACGAGUGGCCCUGCACACGGUUUCGUGCCAGAAGCCUGGCAAUCGCGAGAUGAGCAAAGUCCCAUCCAAACCAAAGCCCCUCCCCCACCUACCUCACAGCAUCCGCCCACAGAGGACGGCGAGAGCCCGGUAAUUGUACCUUCGGCUGGAAAUGCCGGCGCAGAUACUGAGUCCUCACAUAACGUCCCAACCUCGUGGUGGCCGCAGCGGCAGGCACCAGGCUGCGUCGUCUCAUGAUCGUUUGUAGAUUGGGGUUGUAUAUAUCUCGUAUUUUUCAAUACCUAUUUUUGUUUAGUAGCGUUUGUAUAUAUUAAGAGCGUCCCAAAGUCUUUUGGAUAAAUUUUUUCGCGUCUGAAAAGGGAAUUCUGGGCGUUACAAUGUAAAUGAAUACAGAAUAUACCAUUUGUUUGACCUAUGCAAAUCAUCAUUUUAAGCUUGUGUAGACACUUUUUACCUGCAAUAAACGUAUCUAGAUUUUGAGAUUCGCCUCUAUCAAGUCGUUUAGCCAUUCCCUUCACAGAUCGAUGGCGGUGACUGGGGACCAUUGGAGAAGGGUUCAAAUUAUCGGUCCGUAGUGGUGGCCUGGUCUGUGAGAAGGACUAAAGAGCGCUGAUUUCAAUGGGAUUCACGAACUUCCUAUUCAAUUGUUUAAUUUGAUGUUUUCCUUGGCU